AGGCUCCGUACCAUCAAAAGGUUCAUCGUCAUUUACAUCUAAUAUUUCCCUAAUGCACGUAAACGCUUCAUGAGCGCAGCACCAGCUCAGACAGAACCAGAGGAAAUUUCAGGUUCGGUUCUGCUGAAAUCUUUGUGUUUGGAGAAUGUGUGAGUCAGACUUUGUGUUUAUGAGAUGAGAAUGUGGAGCAGAAAGAGAUGCAGAUGUUUUCUCUGAAUUUUCAAAUACAAUGAUUCGUGAGGAUGGAGAGACCUGUGAUGUUUACAGACUGAGACGGCCGACUCCAAACUUCUGUCCUGCUGAAACAAAUCCUCAGUGAUGUAGAAAAAGCAGAGAGAGGAAAACAGGUCAGAGUUUGUCCAGCUGACUAAAGAUGCAGCAGAGCUGAGAAGAUGCUGAGGAAGGUGGUGAUGAUGAGGAGGCUCCUCCAUUUGAAGGGAGAUGUAAUGUGCACACUCGUCCUCCUGGUGGCGCUGUGUUUUCUGCUCUACGCUCGUCAGGUCGUCCUCUCCGCUGGCUGGAGCCGAUCCGUCUGGAAGCUGCAGAUCCAUGGAUCCACCAGCUCCAGUCGCUCCCUGCUGGGCUCCAGUUCACAAACUGGGAGGAAGGAGGCGCUGCAGGCUCCUCUACAGCCACAGCUGCCUUCCUGUAAACCCCGACUCAAGUCCGAACCUUCCCAGUCCAAAUCCAGCUCUCAGAUCAGAUCCAGGUCACGAAAGAAGAAAGUUCUUCCAACCGCGGCUGAUGGGAAACGGCUGCCGACACUGCCGCCGUUCGACUUCGAGAAGUAUCUGAGAGAAAAGGACAAAAGGAACUUUAAUCUGCUCAUCGACCAGCCUGAGAAAUGUCGCAUCAGAGAAGAAGAGGAAGGAGGAGGAGGAAGAGGAGGCGCUGUUUCGGCUCCCUACAUGCUCAUUGCUGUGAAAUCUACAGCUGCAGAUUUCGACAAGCGGCAGGUUGUGCGUCGGACCUGGGGGAGGGAGGGGGCGCUCCACCCUGGCUGGUCCAUUCGCACCGUGUUCCUGCUGGGGAUUCCCAGGAACCGCUCCUCCCUGCCUCUGUGGGAUCGGCUGCUGGCCUACGAGAGCCAAGCCUUCCAGGACGUCCUGCUCUGGGAUUUCGAGGACACCUUCUUUAACCUGACGCUGAAGGAAACACAUUUUCUGGAAUGGGUCAACAGCAGCUGUCCUCAUGUGAAGUUCAUCUUCAAAGGUGAUGCUGACGUCUACGUAAACGUGGAAAACAUCCUGGAGAUGCUCCAAGGCCGAGAGCCGGAGAAGGAUUUGUUCGUGGGGGAUAUUAUCGUGAACGCCAAACCAAUCCGCCGUCGCACUUCCAAGUACUAUGUUCCGGAGUUUGUGUACGGAGGCGGUCUGUACCCCAGCUAUGCUGGAGGAGGAGGGUUUGUGAUGUCAGGACACACGGCUCGAAGGCUGAGCUCUGCCUGUCAACAGGUGGAGCUGUUCCCGAUUGAUGACGUCUUUCUAGGAAUGUGCCUCCAGCUGAUCGGCGUCAAACCUUUACGCCAUCAGGGGUUUCGCACCUUCGGGAUUCCCCGACCGUCUGCGGCGCCACACCUCCAGACGUUUGACCCCUGCUUUUACCGGGAGCUAAUGGUUGUUCACAGCCUAGGCGUCCCGCAGAUCUGGCUCAUGUGGAACCUGCUUCAUGACCCCAAACUGAGCUGCCACUACAGGUCCGGCCAGACGUCCGGACCCUUUAAAUGGAGAGGGAGGGUUGGAGAGAUGGCAGCAGAUGAGGCGGAUUAUGGCGAGAAGCCAGUGUUUCUCACACAUUAGUUCCUGCCAGGCGGGCAGAGCUGGAGCUGCUGGUAUCGUGCAGCAUUGGAGGACAGUAGGAAACAAUUUUAUUCAGCCAAGCUGAUGGUUUACCUGCCAGGAAAUGAAAAGGCAAAGGGGGAAAUCUCUCCCAGCUGACUCUGCAGUGAAACUCAAGGAAUGCAUUGUAACUGUGACCUUAGGGACCGAUCUGCCCCAACUUAUUUAUCCACUACCAGAGGGAAAGUCUUUGAUAUGCAGAUAAGUUUAUGAAAAGUGAAGAGUUUCUUUUGCACAACUGAAUUUGUAAAGCUGCUGUCACACUAGCAGCGUUUCCAUUACAAAUGGGCGAAAACUUUCCCAAUUCUGAUAUUAUCGAAAAAAACAUAACUUCACAAUUAGUGUGUUCAAUUAAAUAAGAAACGCAAUAAAAAAAUCACACAUGAAUAAGUUUGUUCACGGAAUAAGUCGUUAAAAAACAGGUCAUAGCAUCAUCCUCAAACUACUUCUUCUCAUCUUCUUUUUUGGGGUUUUCGCCAACCUCUAGUUGAUGGUCAUGUGAUAACAAUAAAAUAUUUCCAUUUCAGUUUUGUGAAAUAAACCAAUUUCAAUCGGUGAAAGAAAACACCUCAUCCUAAUGUCAAAACGUUUUAGCAAAAAAGGUUUUUUCUACAAUUGGCGUUUCCUAAAUGUCAAAUUGCGCAAAAUGAAA